AUGGCUUCUCGCAAACCCCGACGUCAGAACAACCACACUGCAACCGACUAUGAAUCAGACACUGCAUACUAUUCAGACAUGCCGCAAGCUGCACCGCCGUUGCGUUCCAACGAGGAGCUGAAUCUCUCAGUGAUUCGCCGCCAUAAGCCCUCCGUGACCUCAAUCCUCUCUCUCGCUCCCUACGCAGUCGUCUACAUCUUCAGCCCAACAAGAAAACAAUGGGAAAAGAAUGGCAUUGAGGGAACCCUAUUCGUUUGCCAGCAAUCCCAGGGCAACCUAGGCGAAGAACGCUAUACCGCAUUCGUUCUGAACAGGCGUGGGCUGAACAACUUCGAUCUCCCUCUGACAGACGGUGAAAAUGUCGAAAUCACCGAAGAAUACGUGAUCCUCAAGGCAGACGAAAGCGCCGAAGGCGAAACAGGCCCGAAUGGCAUCGCAGACCCCUUGCACCCACAGAACAUCGCCAGCAACAACCAGAGCGGCAACAAUGUUCGCAUCUACGGUCUCUGGAUCUACUCUGAGCCACCACCGAACUCGACAGCCGAGUCUCGCACAAUUAAUGCCCAGAUGAUCCACGAGUGCGCUACCCACGCUGGGCAAAGCAUGAAGCUCGCCCGUGGGCGUCUUGAGGCUAUGCGCCAGUCCAAUAUGCAUGUUGCUGCCGCUGCAGCUUCGACACAACCUGCCCCGCUGGAAGAGAUCCAGGCUAGUGUACCCAUGGGACGACAGGUCUCGUUGAAGGAGUUGUUUGGCCAGCAGCGUGCUCAGGAUGAUGGGUGGAGUGUGCGUGCGCAUCAUCUUAGUCCCGAGCAGUUGGCUCAGCAGGCUGCUUAUCAGAAUAUGAGGCCCCAGCAUAUGUCUGCUCCUCAUCCGCCGCCACAGCCGCAGGGACCACCACCACAGCCCCAGGCAGAUGUGCUGGGUGAUCUAUUUCGGAGGGCGGGAUUGGCGUAUCAAGGGAAUGGACAGGGAUAA